AUGAUGUCGCCAGAGAGAAACUACACCUCAACAACUGAGUUCAUCCUCAUAGGAUUCACAGAUCAGCCACACCUGAAGACCCUGCUGUUCAUCGUGUUCUUUGUCAUCUAUCUGGUCACCAUGGUGGGGAAUCUUGGAUUGGUGGCAUUGAUUUACAUGGAACGUCGUCUUCACACACCAAUGUACAUCUUUCUGGGAAACCUGGCUCUCAUGGAUUCCUGCUGCUCCUGUGCCAUUACUCCAAAGAUGUUGGAGGACUUGAUUUCAAAGGAAAGAAGGAUCUCUCUCUAUGAAUGCAUGGCUCAGUUUUAUUUUCUUUGUCUUGCUGAAACUGUAGACUGCUUUCUUCUGGCAGCAAUGGCCUAUGACCGCUACGUGGCCAUUUGCAGCCCACUGCAGUACCACACCAGGAUGUCCAAGAAACUCUGCACUCUCAUGACCACGGGAGCCUACAUAAUUGGAAACCUGCAUUCCAUCGUUCACGUAGGGUUAUUGUUUAGAUUAACAUUUUGUGGGUUAAAUCAAAUCAAUCACUUUUUUUGUGAUGUCCUUCCCUUAUACAGACUCUCCUGUGUUGAUCCUUAUAUUAAUGACUUGAUGAUACUUAUCUUGGCAGGUUUAAUUCAAAUCUUUACUUUGACAGUAGUCCUAAUAUCAUAUUUCUAUAUUCUUUUCACUAUAUUCACAAUGCAAUCCAAGGGAGGGAGAAGCAAAGCCUUAUCUACCUGCUCAUCCCACUUCCUCUCUGUGUCAAUGUUCUAUGGCUCUCUGCUCUUUGUGUAUGUUCAGCCAAAUUCAGUUAAUGAAGGGGAUAAAGACAUAGCUGUUGCUGUUUUUUAUACUCUAAUAAUUCCUCUGUUAAAUCCUUUCAUUUAUAGUCUUAGAAAUAAAGAAGUAACCAAUGUUAUAAGAAGAAUAACAAACAAUAAAAGAUUUUUGACAUUCUGA